AUGCCUGCAAAAGCACCCAUCUACCUUAAGCCAGCCCCCAACAAGAAAGGCAAGAAAUGCAGGCUCCGCGACAUCUUGUCACCAGAUAUGAUUAGCCCUCCACUCGGGGACUUCCGCCACACCAUUCACAUUGGAAGGGGGGGGCAGCGGGACACUUUUGGAGAUAUAUCCUUUCUCCAAGGCAACUACGAGCUUCUGCCUGGGAAAGAAAUCCAAUAUGGCAUCCAAGGCGAAUACACGAGAGCCAACAGCACCGGCGAUGCUUCAUACGUGGAAACUCCCUCCCCGGUUUUGAAAAACGCAAUUUCUUUGCCCACCAUCGGCGGUUGUCAAGCACUUUCCUUACCCAUGACGUCUGCGCAUGUGUAUUCGAUGCCACCAGAGCCGUUGGAAGACAUUUUGGGUCCAACAAUGAAGCAAGAUCGCGUUGAGGAAGUGGAAAUGCUGCAGAUGGAUGCGUUGUUGCAAUCGAUGGAGGUGUUUGCAAGCGAGCCGUCUUCGCCCAGUACGGAGAUGCUGUCAAAGCCUGACGUCUUGCUGGAUCUGUUGGAGAAAAAGCACAAGUCCAAAUCCAAGGCCAAGUCAAGCAGGUCAAGCCGGAGCGAGAAGCUGUCCUCGUUCAGCAGCUACAAAACCAACGGGAGCCUCAACAGCGACGCAAGCAGCGACAGCUUCGACAGCAUCAAAGACGAGCCCAAAAUCUACGACAACGGAAACUGCGACGGGUUUGGACGCUUCGCCUUCAAGGAGGAGCUUCCGAAGUGCGACCUGGGCUGGGUGGACCGGGACAGUGGGGUGGACGAGGGCCGCAUGUGCGAUUUCGACUUCGAGUUCGCCAAAGAGAAGAGUUCGUCGCAAGAGUCGCUCAGCCAGAUAACGGGCUCGCUGCUGUCUCUCGAACUGGAUUUGGGGCCGUCCAUUUUGGAUGACGUGUUGAAUAUUAUGGACAAGCCGACAGCAGUGAAGAGCAGGCCUUGA